UCCACCCCCGUUUUCCCCCAUCUUUCUCUCUCUUUCUUUCUCUCUCCAUCAAAACAUUCCUUUGUCUUCAAGUCCACAUCAAUGGCUGGUAGCUAGAUUAUCCAAUCUUUCAACUAACGAUAACAUAUAUUCAUUUUAUUCACAACAAUUUGAAAAAACCCAAACUUUAUUACUUUCUCUAUAUCUCUCUUUACAUGGUUUUCCGCCAUGUUUGUCUCACCCAAAAACCUUCACUAACUCAACAUCAUCAUCAUCAACAUCAUCAUCAUCAUCAUUCUUCCCCAAUAAUCCAGCUUCUUCGAUAACGAUUACCCGUCAAACCACCCCUUCUUAUAUUUACUCGUUUUAGCUUCUUCUGGGGUAGUCAUUCGUACUUCAGCGGAGCUUGAUUUGCAAUAAUAUUAACAAUCAAGCUCAACGAUUAACCGUCAAACAACCCCUUUUUAUAUUUCCUCAUUUUAGCUUUUUUCUGAGGGUAUUUGUACUUCAAUGGAGUUUGAUUUGCAAUAAUAUUUUAGCUUUUUAUAUUUUUUUCCUUCUCAUUUUAUCUUCUUCUGGGGUAUUCAGACUUCAGCGGAGCUUGAUUUGCAAUAAUAACCGUCAAACCAACCCUUCUUAUAUUUCCUCGUUUUAGUUUCUUUUGGGGUACUCGUUCUUCAGCGGAGUUUGAUUUGCAAUAGUAAUAUUAACAAUCUAUUUUCUGGGGUAGUUAUUCGUACUUCAGCGGAGCUUCAUUUGCAAUAAUAUAUAUCCGUUCUGUAUCGGGAUCUGAACCGACAUUAAAACAACAACCUUCUUGUUAUCCAGGCUUCUUGUUGCUUUACUGUAGCUUACUUUGAACACAAAAGGGCAAGAAGAAAAGAAAGAAAGAAAGAAAGAAAAAAAGGGAUAUUUCUUUUUGGUUGAGGCAUUUUGACAAACAUCUGUUGGGCACAAUUCCCAAGCUUUCAGCAAAUAACAUUCAUCUUUCAAGCUCAGAUCUGUGGAUUUCUCAAGCCAAAACCUAAUUGAAGAUACUUACUUUAUUAGUUUGAAGAGACGGGGAAGAUAUGAACUCAUCAACACAAGUUCCCCCGGGUUUUCGCUUCCAUCCGACUGAAGAGGAACUUGUUGAUUACUACCUUAGACGAAAGGUUUGCUCGAGAAGGAUUGAAGUUGAUAUCAUCAAAGAAAUUGAUCUGUAUAAAAUCGAACCUUGGGAUUUACAAGAAUUAUGCAAAACAGGAGAUGAUGAUCAAAAUGAAUGGUAUUUCUUCAGCCACAAGGAUAAGAAAUACCCUACCGGAACUCGAACGAAUCGAGCAACUGCAGCCGGGUUUUGGAAGGCAACAGGAAGAGACAAGGCUAUAUAUUGUAAGCAUGAUUUGAUAGGAAUGAGGAAGACGUUGGUGUUUUACAAAGGCCGAGCCCCGAAUGGACAGAAGUCCGAUUGGAUCAUGCACGAGUAUAGGCUUGAAACUGAUGAAAAUGGAGCACCUCAGGAAGAAGGGUGGGCAGUAUGUAGAGUAUUCAAAAAGAGAACUCCAACAACCAUGAGAAGAAUGGGUGGUCAUGAAUCACCAUGUUGGUACGAUGAUCAUGUCUCAUUUAUGUCCGAUAUGGAUUCACCACAACAAGCCACACAAUCCAACAAUGGCGGCCUCAACAACUACACUUGCAAAAAGGAAUUCAAUAACAACCAUCAUCAUCAUCAACAUCAACAUCAACAUCUACCUUUCCAAAUUCCUCAAGAACAUCAUCAUCUCAUCCACCUCCCUCUUUUCGAGAACUCGAAGAUGCUUCUUCCUUCACCUCAUAGUACCGGAAACUUCAACAAUUCCGGUCUAAUCCCAUUUGGUAUAGACAUGAGUCUUCACUCAAAUCCUACAAUGCAACAAAUUGUCAACAACAACAACAACAGCAACAACAACAAUGACAACAUUAGCAACACGGACAACAACAAUGGUAGUGGUCAAGAUGUUUUAGACCAAGUGACCGAUUGGAGGGUUCUUGAUAAGUUUGUUGCAUCCCAGCUUAGCCACGAAGAUGUCGUGGCUAAGCUGGGACAUGACAACAACAACAACAACUACUCAUCGAGUAAUGUUGCACCAGGGAUAUUCCCUGGUGCAACUGCUCCGAUAGUAUCUAAUCUCUCGGACAAGGUGGAAGAUUCAAUACCGGAAAAGGCAUCUACGCCGACUUCAAGCAACCAAAUUGAUGUAUGGAAAUCAUGAAGGUUGUUAUCAUAUAUAAGCAUAAAGGGACAAGAUGAAUAUUAGGGCUCAGUUUGUACAUAACAAAACUAUUCGAAAAUACGAAGUAUGGAGUUUUGGGCUGAGCUUCUAUAUAUGGCAGGCUUUUCCCAUUUCAGACAUGGAGGAUUAUAUAUGAAAUACCAAGUAUUAUAUGCAUCCUACUAUGCGAUGUUUACUCGAAAAUGGUUUCGAAAAUGUAAUGUGUAUACUCCAUAUAUUUUUUAUUUGAACUUGAAUGAUAUUGUAUAAUUUUUAUGAAAUUGAUGUUUUUAUAUCUCCAUAAGUCAUUUUUUUGUGUUUUAAUUUUA